UAUGUGACUGUGCGUGACUGUGCGUGAACGAUGCAUCCAUGCAUAGAAGGAUGGCAUAGAAAUCAAUUGUAUACAUGUCCAUCAUUUUGACAAACUGUAUUUAGCAAACUUGAACUGUUUGAAAUGCAAAUUUUAUAUCAAUUCUUAAAACUGGAAAAAUAAACCAAUGACGGGAAAAAUGGUAAAUAAAAAAUACAUAAAUACAGUUCAAUAUUUCCUUGUGUUGGGUUUUACACAUCAAACGCAUUCGCGACACGUGAAUGACGAAAAGAACAUCAAACUAUACGCGAUAUAAUUUCAUAGUAAGUAAGAAUAUAGUAGGUACAGUAAGAAUAUAGUAAGAAUAAUAGGUAAAAACACGAUGGAUGUUGAUCAAUUUUUUCUGAACUCGCAUUACAAGCUUUGUCGGACACAGUUAAGUAUCAGUGGUCUAUGGCCUUUUCAAUCGAAAAUCAGACGCUAUGCGACAUAUUUCGCACUGAUAUUGCUACUUGCAUCUGGAUUUUUCGUCCAGCUAAUGGGUGUAAUAGAAGUUCGGUAUGAUUCUGUCGAAGUAAUCGAUUCUUUGCCAAUGUUAAAUAUGGCUGUGGUGAUGCUAUUCAAAGUAAUUUACGCGAUGUAUACAUUAUCCCAGAUAAAAUUACUUUUAAUAAAAAUGCAGGAAUACUGUCUUUCUCCAAAAUCGGAUGAAGAACAUCAGAUACAUAAUUCGUAUACGCAGUUUGGGCAAAAAAUCGGCUACCUUUAUACAUACAUCAUACUUGGCCACAGUGUUGCUUAUAAUUUGGCGCCAUUAUUGACAAAGCUUAUGCAUAAACCACUCGAAGAAAAUGUUACAUCAUCAAACAAAAUGAUAGAGGCCCAAGUAGGAGUACCUUAUCGAGUCAAUUACAUGGUUGAUCUUGAUACAUAUUAUGUACCAAUCUUUAUUCACAUGGUUACUUACAACGUGUAUAAUGUGUUUAUUGUGGUUACGUUCGAUGUUUUCUAUAUAUCACUCGUCGAACACUGCCGCGGUGUGUUCGCGGCUUUUAGAUAUCGUUUGGAAAAUGCAUGCUUGAUUGAAAAUGAUAGUAAUGCUUCGACAAAGACAUCUACGAAAGAUAAAUCUUACGUUAAUGUAGCGUACAGUAUUCGAAGGCAUGCAGAGACGAUACAAUUUGUCGGCAUUAUGAAUUCAGUAUACAGUCCACCUCUUUUUAUACAUGUCGGAAUUACAAUAUUGACGAUAAGCGCUAUAGGAUAUCAGGUGAUGACAAACACGCAAAAUAUCAAUCGCACUUUGAAAAAUCUUAGUUAUAUGAACGCUAUUUUAAUGAACGUAUUUUUUGAAAAUUGGCAAGGUCAGAAAAUCAUAGAUUCUAGUGAGAAAAUAUUCGAAUCCGCAUAUAAUGUAGAAUGGUAUAACUUGCCAAUAGCUGCAAGAAAACUGCUUGUGCUUGUUAUGAGGAGAAGUAUGCAGCCAUUGGUAUUAACGGCUGGUAAAUUUAUGGUAUUGUCAUAUAUAACUUUUAACGCAGUGAUACGCACAUCAUCCUCAUACUUUAUGCUUUUACGAUCUGUGUCCUAAAAAUUUUGAGCGAUGUAAGUUAAUUCUGCG